CCGGGAAAUGGGUGGUGGGGAUACCCGUGGCCAGUAGAGUGUGGUGCUGGAGCACCGCCGGGGCAGGAAGAGUGUCCGUUGAAGCAAUGUUGUUCGAAAUGGGGCUUUUGCAGUAUGGAGAGGGACCACUGUGGGGAGGGGUGCCAGAGUAAUUGUCACAAGGUGGAACCGAAAAUUGUCUGCGAGCAUAACUCGACCCGUUCGGUGGCGUACUAUGAAAGCUGGGCGACAACACGAGCGUGCGACAAGUACCAGCCCGAGGACAUUGACGUGAGCGAAUGGACGCACAUCAAUUUCGCGUUCGCCAUCAUCGGCGAUGAUAGUAAGGUGGCCUUGUCUUCGCCAGAUGAUGUGGAUCUGUACAAAAGGUUCGUGGGGUUGAAAGAGAACAACACCGAAUUGGAAGUAUGGCUCGCAGUUGGUGGAUAUGGAGUGGGCUCCAAACCGUUCUCCAAGAUGUCCGACUCCAAUGACACGAGGAAGGGCUUCAUCGAUUCUUGCCUAGACUAUAUGGACAAAUAUGGCUUUGAUGGAAUUGAUGUUGAUUGGGAGUAUCCGGCCGCGUCCGAGAUGGGGGGCACCGAGGCGGAUACGAAGAACUUCGUCACGCUGGUCAAGGAGAUGAAGGAAGCAUUCAAAGAAAAGGGCAAGGGGUUGAGUAUCACUAUUCCCGGCGGUGCCUACUUCCUAAAAGGAUUCGAUUUGGAGAAGAUGGAGCCUUAUAUCGACAUGAUCAAUAUCAUGAGCUACGACUUGCAUGGCCCUUGGGAUCAACCCUUGAAGGCAUUACCACACACCAACAUCACGGAAAUCAACACGUCGCUGCAGCUGCUGUGGAACGAGGGAAUCCCAACCGAAAAGGUCAAUCUGGGAUUGGCAUACUACGGCCACUCAUUUACACUCAAGAGCAAGGACUGCGCGGAACCCGGCUGCGCUGCCACCGCAGGAGGCGAGGCCGGACCCUGCUCGGGAGCAAAGGGAGUCUUAAACAAUGCCGAGAUCGAGGAUAUCUUGCAAAAGAGGAAUGUGACAGCCACACUAGAUAAGGAUGCGACGAUCAAAUACGCCUCUUGGGACGAGACCCAGUGGUACGUUUGUUUGUCCGAGGACCCUGCACAGACAAUGAAACAUGCUGACCGAUUUAGGGUAUCAUACGAUGACGACGAGACAUUCAAGCUAAAGAGGGACUUUGCUAAGAGCAAGUGUCUCGGUGGCAGUUUUGUGUGGGCAGUGGAUAUGGAGCCCAAGAAGGAUUCUAACAGCACGACAAAGCACUAAGCAAGGAUAAAGAAUGAUAAUACAGAAUCGGAACCUGUCAUUUAAUAAUAAUAGUUAGUUAUAAUGUACCUUAAAUCAACCUAAUCGAAAGAAGAAUAAUGGGUAUUGGGUUAAAAAUACUACCGUAGUCCAACCGUGGUUGAGGUUCGAGCCCUGUGCUCUGAAACGCCCCGACAGAGGGAAAAGGAGCUCGUGGAAACUACCGCAUUGCGUAUGGUCGACGACGAGCAGUGGCGGACAGCGA